AUGUUCUGGGACUGCGCUACCGUUUCCGCUUGCGAGGCCCUCCCCGCCGGUCUCCCACAAUCCCUUGACAGCAAAGCUGCUACAGAUCGCCACUGGCGCCAACGCCUACAAGAGGCUGACAUUACCGUGCGCUCACUGGUCAAGACCUCCGAAGAUUCCCUCGAGAAGCUAUGGGAGAGGGUCGUCCGCACCUACACCUCCUGUAUUCUCACCAAGCAUGUUGAUAAAGACAACGCCAUUUGGGGUAUAGCGAAACUCAUGCGCGACAUGCUAGAUCAGGAGUAUGCACAUGGACUAUGGUCUGGCCGCCUCGAGGAACAACUUGCAUGGCAGGUAGUGUGCCGGCCUAAGGGGUUGGACGCAAAGAAAGAGGGCCCGAGCCCAACGGAAGCAAAGGAGGAGAAUCCCUUUCCGCACUGGUCGUGGACUUACUUGGAUGUGCCAAUCCAGGUUGUCCCAAGGUUCCGAGGUAACCCCCGGUUUUACGUGGCGACUAAUCAUGAAGGAGGUAAGGUCGGAUUCCAGUUUAAAGAGCCAUUUCAAUGGCGCUUGAAGAGAGAGAAUGUCCUUGUGGAGAAGCAGGAGCUUGAACGCAUUGCGCCGAAGCUUGAAAAUCCCGAGGGCAGUGGGAAAGCUCAGGAGACAGUCGUUGUUGGGGGACCCACUAAUAAUCCAGCAGGCAACGCGUGGCCGCCAGACGAACGCUCCGAGCUUGGUAAUCAGGAGAUUGAAAUACAGGCACAUAUCUGCAAAGGUACGCUUCGGUUUGUAGCCGAAAAGGAACGGUGGAUGGUUGUGGUUGAUGGAAUUCAGAGUGAUGCUGUGAUUGAGGCCUUUCCGGAUACUGAACCAGCCCAAGAUGAGGCUCAAUGUGAGUUUCUUUUGCUUGCGGCAUCGAGGGUGUUUAUAGACAAACUUGGACACGAGAUCAAGGACUGUGACGAGGAAGAUGACAUUCAGUAUGGCGAAAUCGAGGAGAAUACUGUCGAGGAGGGUAAUGACGGAGAGGAUGCAGUUGAGGACGACGGAUACGAGGAUAUAAAAUAUUCGGGAGUCGGAAUUCUGGUGGAGCGGAAUGAUUAUCGGCUAAAGAGGACUGGCGCCGUAACAUUCCGGCAAAUAUGCUUCAAUGAUUGGCGGCAUUUCCGUUCAGCCUGCGGUGAGAAAGAGUUCAUCAAUGAUGAGCUCCGAGUUAAGAGGGGCCAGAUGGUGACGCUCAUUUGA